AUGCCACGGAAUUGCGAAUUCCUGGUGGUCGGUGGCGGCAUCGCUGGCGUUAGCUGCGCCGAGUCCUUGGCUAUCUGCCGACCCACUGCGUCCGUCCUCCUGCUCACGGAAUCCAGCAUUGUGAAGAGUGUCACCAAUCUUGUGCCGGUGGCUCGAUAUCUCCACAAGUUUGAUGUGCGGGAACAGGAUGUCUCCAAAAUGGGAGCCACCAUCGAAACGCUGGUGGACCAACUGGAACACAUCAACAGCCGGGAGCACUGGAUCCGCACCAGAACGGGUGUGGUGGUCAACUAUCUCUAUCUGUGCUUGUGCACUGGCGGAGCACCCAAAUUAUUUAGUUCCGGUGGUGCUAAAGAAUCCCGAAUCAUUGGCAUUCGGGACACGGAUUCUGUGCUGGAACUACAGCGCAAACUGGCGGCAGCCAAGGACGUUCUGAUCCUGGGAAACGGGGGCAUUGCCAGUGAGUUGGCCUACGAGCUAAAGGAUGUCAAUGUCCAUUGGGUGGUUAAGGACGCCCACAUCUCGGCCACCUUUGUGGAUCCCGGAGCAGCAGAGUUCUUUCAGCUGGCACGAAGUGAAGUAAACACAAAGGACUCAUCCCCAGAAACGGCCAUUAAACGUAUGCGAUAUGGUGAAGUGCUGUCCAAGGAGCAGAAUAACAAGCACGGAGCUGCUUUGGGUCCGGAUUGGCAUCGCACCUUCGAUUUGAGUGGGGCAGCUGGAAAGUCGGAUAAACGCCUGCCAAAGAUCUAUUACAAAUCUCACAUAGACUCCUAUAAGGAACUUUCCGACGGAUCAGGUCUUGCAAUCCAGUUGGGCCACGAGGAUGGAAGUUUGGAGAAGCUAACCUGUGAUUUUAUUGUUUCCGCCACGGGAGUCCUGCCGCGUCACGAGUACACCAGCGAUUGCCCACUGAAGUUUUCCGAGGAUGGUGGCAUUUCCGUGGAUGAAAUGAUGCGUACCAAUGUGGAGGAUGUUUACGCUGCCGGUGAUGUCUGCACGGCCAGCUGGGCACCGGCUACGCACUGGUUCCAGAUGCGCCUGUGGACUCAGGCCCGCCAAAUGGGAUCCAUGGCGGGCCGAAGUAUGGCAGCCGCCAGUGAGGAUGAAAUCGUGUACCAGGACUUUUGCUUCGAGCUCUUUGGUCACGUAACCAAGCUUUUUGGCUAUCCUGUGGUCUUGCUGGGCCGCUUUAAUGGCCAGGAUUUGGGCAGGGACUACGAGAUCCUGGUGCGCUGCACUCGCAAUAAGGAGUACAUUAAGUUUGUGCUGCAGAAUGGCAGACUGCGGGGUGCUAUCCUCAUCGGGGACACCGAUCUUGCCGAGACCUGCGAGAACCUCAUCCUAAACGGCAUCGAUUUGCAGCCGUACGGCGAUGAUAUACUCAAUCCCGAUAUUGACAUUGAAGACUACUUUGAUUAGUUUAUUAUGGGCUAGCUUAGAGUAUUAAAAACUUUUAGAAUAA